AUGUACACCUUCGUACAAUCGUUACAUUUUAUUUUGUAUACACAGUUCCUAUUCCUAUCAACCGGAAGGCGAUCCUUCAAAUGCACCAACACCGAGCGUAAAUUCUUCCUCCUCUGGAAAGCCACUCUGAUGUUAGCCCUGGUUUCCACGCCCAGUUCAGGGUGGCGUAAACAGAGAGGUGGCCAACCCUUGACUUGGCGGAGGAGUAUGAAGGAGAUCACAAAACGCUUGGGUGUUGUCGGGGCUACUCACCUUCAAGGAUGGGGACCGCGUGGUCCUCACUGUGCCUGGUUGGAGACACUACAAGAUAUGGCUGCUAACGGAUGUCAGUGGCGUUCUUGUUGUCAGUUUCUAUCCAGAUUGCCUGAGCUUUCAAGUAAAUCAUUGUUGUACGGCAGUGAAGCCACGGUGUUGAACACUGAUAACAUAAAGUUGACGGAAACUCAGGGACUGUGCCUACCUGAUGAGCCCCAAGAAGGGCGAAACCGGUCUUACGCUGUCGAGGAGUUUUCAGCAACCUCACGAGUAGUCGCAGCGUGUUAUGUCUUGAAGUACGGUAGUGCAACUCUGUAUCGGUCCCUUGGCUUCCUGCUCCGCCCACUAUGUUAUAUCAAAAGGCACGGUAGCUCUACACAGCCCUUUAUGGAGACAAAGGAAAAUCAUUACAACUGUAUAUAUAUAUAG